AUGGAUACGAUGAUGCUGAAUUUGCGGAAUCUGUUUGAGCAGCUUGCACGCCGGGUGGAGAUUCUCAGUGAAGGAAAUGAACUCCAAUUCAUCCAGUUGGCAAAGGACUUUGAGGAUUUCCGUAAAAAGUGGCAGAGAACAGACCACGAGCUGGGGAAGUACAAGGAUCUUUUGAUGAAAGCAGAGACUGAGCGUAGUGCUCUGGAUGUUAAACUGAAGCACGCACGCAAUCAGGUGGAUGUCGAGAUCAAACGGAGACAGCGAGCUGAGGCUGACUGCAAAAAGCUGGAAAGACAGAUUCAGCUGAUUCGAGAGAUGCUCAUGUGUGACACAUCUGGCAGCAUUCAACUAAGUGAGGAGCAAAAAUCAGCUCUGGCUUUUCUCAACAGAGGCCAGCCGUCCAGCGGCAAUGCUGGGAACAAAAGAUUGUCAACUAUUGACGAAUCUGGUUCCAUUUUAUCAGAUAUCAGCUUUGACAAGACUGACGAGUCGCUGGAUUGGGAUUCUUCUUUGGUAAAGACUUUCAAACUGAAGAAGAGAGAAAAGAGGCGCUCUAGUAGCCGACAGUUCAUUGAUGGUCCCCCUGGACCUGUAAAGAAGACUCGUUCCAUUGGCUCCACAGUAGACCAGGGGAAUGAAUCCAUAGUUGCAAAAACUACAGUGACUGUUCCCAAUGAUGGCGGGCCCAUCGAAGCUGUGUCCACAAUUGAGACUGUGCCAUACUGGACAAGUAGCUGAAGGAAAACAGGUACUUUGCAACCUUGGAAUAGCGACUCCACCUUGAGCAAUAGGCAGCUGGAGCCAAGAACUGAGACAGACAGUUCCAGCACUCCACAGAGUAAUGGAGGGAUGCGCCUGCAUGACUUUGUCUCUAAGAUGGUUAUUAAACCUGAAUCUUGUGUUCCAUGUGGAAAGCGGAUAAAAUUCGGCAAGCUGUCUCUGAAGUGUCGCGACUGUCGUGUGGCCUCUCAUCCAGAAUGUCGGGACCGCUGUCCCCUUCCCUGCAUUCCUGCCCUAAUAGGAACGCCUGUCAAGAUUGGAGAGGGAAUGCUGGCAGAUUAUGUGUCCCAGACUUCCCCAAUGAUCCCCUCCAUUGUUGUCCAUUGCGUAAAUGAGAUUGAGCAGAGAGGGCUGACUGAGACAGGCCUGUAUCGGAUCUCUGGCUGUGACCAGACAGUAAAAGAGCUGAAAGAGAAAUUCCUCAGAGUGAAAACUGUACCCCUCCUCAGCAAAGUGGAUGAUAUCCACGCUAUCUGUAGCCUCCUGAAGGACUUCCUCCGAAACCUCAAAGAACCCCUUCUGACUUUUCGGCUAAACAAGACUUUCAUGGAGGCGGCAGAACUCACAGAUGAGGACAACAGCAUAGCUGCCAUGAACCAGGCUGUUGGUGAACUGCCCCAGGCCAACAGAGACACAUUAGCUUUCCUCAUGAUUCACUUGCAGAGAGUGGCUCAGAGCCCAAACACUAAAAUGGAUGUGGCCAAUCUGGCUAAAGUCUUUGGGCCUACCAUAGUUGCCCAUGCUGUGCCCAAUCCAGAUCCAGUGGUAAUGUUACAGGACAUCAAGCAUCAGCCCAAGGUGGUAGAACGCCUGCUUUCACUGCCCCUGGAAUACUGGAGUCAGUUCAUGAUGGUGGAACAAGAGAACAUUGACCCCGUGCAUGUCAUUGAAAACUCAAAUGCCUUUUCAACACCACAGACACCAGAUAUUAAAGUGAGUUUACUGGGGCCUGUGACCACUCCUGAGCAUCAGCUUCUCAAGACUCCUUCAUCUAGUUCCCUGUCGCAGAGAGUGCGCUCCACCCUCACCAAGAACACGCCCACAUUUGGGAGCAAAAGCAAGUCUGCCACCAACCUAGGACGACACGGCAACUUUUUUGCUUCUCCGAUGUUCAAGUGA